AUGUCUAACGAGAAAGAUUACAAUGCAGUUCGAGAAGCCAUUAAACAAAUACUGCCGCAGCCUGGUUAUGACGACGGUUCAGCUGGUCCAGUACUUGUAAGACUUGCCUGGCAUGCUUCUGGCACUUACGAUAUUCAUACCAAUACUGGAGGUUCUAAUGGUGCGACAAUGAGAUUCGCCAUGGAAGCGAAUGAUCCUGCAAAUGCCGGCUUAGAACAUGCUAGAAAGUUUCUUGAACCUAUAAAACAAAAAUUUCCAUGGAUAUCUUAUGCUGAUUUAUGGACAUUAGCUGGAGUUGUUGCUAUUGAAGAAAUGGGAGGACCAGUUGUUCCAUGGAGACCAGGUCGAAAAGAUAAGACUCAAGAGGAUGAAUGUCCACCAAUUGGUCGUUUGCCUGAUGCUGCUCAUACUCAACAACAUGUUCGUGAUGUGUUCUAUCGAAUGGGUUUCACUGAUCGCGAAAUUGUUGCGUUAAUUGGUGCUCAUUCCAUCGGUCGAUGUCACAAAGAUCGUUCAGGUUAUGACGGUCCGUGGACUUAUACACCCACACGAUUUUCAAAUCAAUUUUUCGUUCUACUGUUAAGUAUAAGUUGGUCGGUCAAAAAUGUGAAUGGUAACAUACAAUUUAAAGACCAUGAGGAUGAAUUAAUGAUGUUGCCGGCGGAUAUUGCUUUAAUUAUUGAUCCGAAAUUCCGAGAGAUUGUGGAAAUAUAUGCAAAAGAUAAAAAGGUUUUCUUUAAUGAUUUUGCCUCUGCUUUCGGAAAAUUGUUGGAACUUGGGGUCACGAGAAAUGUUAGUGAUGCUUCUAAACUAUAA